AAAAAAUGAAAACUGAACAGCAAGAAAGGAUGGGAAAAAAAGUUCCCACAAAAGAUAAAAAGAGCAUCCAAGUUGAAGAAAAGUUAAAAAAAGACGUGAAAGAAAAAAAACCCGAGGCCAAGGCACCUGAAAGACUAAAGACCAAGGAAAUCAAAGCAGCGGAAGUGACAUCACCAAAAGCCAAGGGAAAAAAGGAGACUGCCUUGGCAGUCAGAGAAAAAAUCGAUCAUAAAGAUCAAUUUGCAUUCUGUCGCUAUAUGAUUGACAUGUUUGCACACGGGAAUUUGUACACAGGAUCGUAUCCCCCCCUAUUUUUGAAGCAGAUCCCAGCAAUCCCAGCUGUUCUUCCAGCUGCUGAAGUGGGAAAGCUUAACGUGACUGCUACAAAAAAAGUGGAAAAAGGAAAAAAGGUGGUUCGAGAAAAGAAAGCUAUUCCACAAGUUAUAAGAAAAGAAGAAGAGAGGAAAAAAGUAACUGCUGAGAAGAAAGGUAUUCCUGAAAUUAAAAAGAAAGAAGUGGGAGAAGAAAAAAAGAGAAUUCAUGAGAAGAAAGAUGUUUCUGAUACUCAAGCAAAAGGGAAAAAAGAAGAAAAAAGGAAAACUCCUGAGAGGACAAUACUCUCUGUAGUUAAAAAAGCAGACACAAAGGAAGCCAUUUCCAUCAAAGACCUAAAAAAGCCAGCAAAAACUCCGGCAUCCCCCAAGCCAGUUUCUGUAAAAGUGGCAGCACCAGACUGGUCAAAGAAGGGUGCACAUGUGAAAGAAUCUGAAACACAUAAAAAAGAAAAGCCAAUAGAAAUAGCCAAAGUGCCAAAGAAACAUGUCCAUGUAAAGAAAUCUGAACCAGACAAGAAAGAAAAGUCAAUAGAAAUAGCCAAGCUGCCAAAGAAGGCUGUGUAUGCAAACAAAACUGGUAAGACCUAAGA